AUAGGUGACUAACACUAGAGUUCAAUAGGAGGCUGGUGAUUUAAAAGUCAAUGUCUAAACCGCACAGAGGGCUUUUGUAAAAAGCCUUACAAUAGAGCUCUCAAAGAAGUCUUGUAAGGAGGGAUCAUUUGAGACAGGAGAAUGGUUGAAAGCCAUUUUCCUGAACCUGUAAUCGUAUAAAAUCCCUCCUUGAGUUCUUUGGGGGUGUAUUUCUGAGUCUGGUGCCAGAAGACUGCUGAGGAGAAAUGAGGAUCCUCUGACAUCCAGCAACUUGAAGGUCUUCUUCCCACGAGUAUCUCAUUAUGGCUUCCUUUGGUGCUCUUUUAUUGAUGUUUCCUGCUGCACUGGCAUGCGCUCCACAAAAAGCAGAUUACGUCGUGGUCUCAUGUUUUCCUAACGCCAUCAUUGCCAACGUCCCAGAGUGUCCUUAUGGCUGGGAGAUAGAGCAGCUGUCUCUGGGUGGAGUGUGUUACACUGGAAUACAUAGUCCAGGUUAUUAUCGCUUCAUUAUCCCAGACCUGACCCCCAGAAAUCACUCGUACUGUGGUACGCAAUCUGAGUAUAUGCCAGGCAAAGACCCCAAGUACAUCUUCUAUAACUCCAUCGUGUCCAACGAUACCUCACUGACAGUCAGAAACCAGCCGGUCAACUACACCUUCAGCUGCAUGUACCGAGCAGCCUACCUGGUAAAUAACGCUGUCUUCAGCCAGAGCGUUUUUACUAAACCCUCUGCUUUUUCUAGAGUCGCUACAGUUUAUGUCAACAAUGGGAGUUUAGGCACUUUUAGAUCUCAGUUAUCUAUGAACGUGUUCACGAACUCCAAGUUCCUGUACGCUAAAGAUGCUCCAUAUGUGAUCGACACAUCUGAGAUUGGAUCUGAAGUUUUUAUUGGCAUUGAGGCAAAAGGUCUAAGCAAUAGGUUUAAAGUUGUGAUAAACAACUGCUGGGCCACUCCAACUCCAUAUUCAACAGACAAGAAGAGGUGGAGUCUCAUCAUCAACAGCUGCUCUGCUGACAACACUGUGAGCAUUUAUGACAAUGCCAAAGACAGCCGAUCCACGUUCAAGUUCAACUCUUUUCGGUUCCAGCGGCUAGAGAAGGUGUCCACUGUGUGGCUUCACUGUGAGGUCCAGAUCUGUGACGGGGAGAGGCUCUUCUGUCAGCCUAGUCCCUGUUCUGUGCGAUCUCUGUCAACAGAGGUGGACCCAAAUGGUGGGAUCCUCACAGCGGAGUUUCAGAUUAAAGGUGACAUCUCUUCCAAUAAUGGACAUAUUACAGGAACCUCACUGUUCAUCCUGCUUCUGGUUCUGGUGAACCUGUGCUGUGGUUUACUAAAUGGAUCAAAUGUGCAGUUAGACAUUGGUGUUAUUACCUAAACACACGAACAGAGGGAAGGGUCACCCAAGACUCAGGGAGCGAAUGAAAACAUCCCUCCUUCUCUCGUAUUGUCACAGUUUGUGUUUAGCACAUUUCUUAAUGCUUCUGUAAUCUUCUGUUGUGAUACAUAAAUGUACUUCUUCUUCAAUAAAGAAAACUUUGAAGGUA